CUCUCUCUCUCUCUCUCGUCCCAAACUCCCACUCUUUCUCUAGCAAGGAAGUCUGUGCUGCUGUUCCAUUCCUUUCUCCACCAGUAGAGUAGCAAGUACUCUGCUGAUAUCUUAUCUUCUGCCUGCAAAGACCAUAGCCGUAAUCUCUCUUCUCCUUUCCAUUCUAUUUGAGGCAACUCCUCUAUUACUCUGUUCUAUUUAAUUAACUCUCUCACUUUCCUGGAAAUUUCUCCUUCAACUCCUCCUCCUCCUUCCACCUCUUCCGCUUGAUCCUCUGCUACUUAUCCCCUGUCUCCAAUCCGUAUUCCGUAUAUCUUUGUACCCUUUUCCCUCCCACGUUCUUCCCAACUUCCCCCUUGAAAAAAUUUACUGUUACAUUUCUACUCUCCUUUUUAAACCCCUCGAACUUUCUUCUUUAUUCCCCUGCCAAACCUCAGAGGAAUCCCUCUUUCUUACCUCCAUAUAUGCUCUUUGUCCUCAGAAAAAGAAAAAAAAAUUGAUCUUGUUACCGGGUUUUAUCCGCAGGGAUAGUUAAAGGUGCAGGGGAGAAGGGAUUGAGUCGAAUCCAUCGUCAAGCUUCCAACUUUCCGUCACCCGGCAGUGGAGAUACCUCUCCAAAGACCCAGAGAGAUGACCAAGCCGCGAACUUUGAAGAUCUUCUGGAACGACCCCGACGCCACCGACUCCUCCGGUGACGAGGAGUGCUGCUUCUCCAGCCGCCGCCUCGCGCGGCUCGUGAGGGAGAUUGCAGCGGACCCUUGCUCUGAUACCAGCGCCGGCUGCGGUGAAGGGGCGCCGCCACCGUGCCGGAGCCUCCGGGGAAAGGGUGGAGGGAGGAAGAAGGCCGCAGCGGCGGUGGGUAAGGGGGCGGCGGCAGGGGGCACAAAGUUCCGCGGCGUGCGGCGGAGGCCGUGGGGGAAGUACGCGGCGGAGAUCCGCGACCCGUGGCGGGGCGUCCGGGUGUGGCUCGGUACUUACGACACUGCGGAGGAAGCCGCCAUGGUCUACGACUCCGCCGCCAUCCAGCUCCGCGGCCCCGGCGCCACCACCAACUUCGUCCCCUCUGCCUCCGCCAUCGCCGCCUCGGCGGUCCAGACCUCUCCGGAGGCCAACCCCGCCUCUGUCUCCGGCGGAUACGAGUCCGGCGACGACUCGCACGGUGUCUCCUCGCCGACCUCCGUUCUCCGGGGGUUCUCUUCGGCGGCGUCUUCGUCGGAGGAGAAGGGCGGUGACGAGACCACGGCGGUGAGGUUACCGGAGAACUUAGAGGAGUUCUUGGCGUUCGAGGACGUGCCGCUCUAUAGCGACUUUUUGGACUUGGGGGUGUCGGAGCCAAGGAUUUUGGAGGACGCGGCGGGGAUUGGGUUUUCGGCGGACGGAGAGAACGAGGCCGUGCUCGGACCGGGGUGGGACUUCGGACAGGCGCCGUGGCAGGGCGACGAUUAUUUCCGAGAGAUCGGCGAUUUAUUCCCGCUCGAUUCCCUUCCCGCUAUAAUAUGACAAGUGCCGAUUCGUUGUUCGACAAUGCCGACUUCUUUGCCGAUUUUGUUCCGGCGGAGAGAAAAUGCAAUGGGGUUGCUUUUUUUUUUUUUUUGUGUGUCACCUUCGUUUUAUUUGUCUUUCCUGUACUAAAAUUUUGUUACGCUUUCGAGUUAGCUGUAUUAGAAGUUUGAGUCAUUGCGGAACUCAAUUGUAACGUAUAUGCUGGAACUAAUCUACUAUCUAA